AGCAUGUUAAUAUCAGUAUUCCCCCGCCUAAUGUUGCCGCCAUCAAUGUACCCGCACCCAAUGCCGCCGCCGCCGCCAUGCACAAGCCAACACUCAAAGGCAGCACUCAUGCUACCAGCGCACACGGUGGCAUCGUACUCAAUAUACCAAGCGGUAUGUCCCAUUCCGUUUCCUCCACCACCACAUCUGCCAGUAAAACAGCGCAAACGCCUAGUAACACUUCCAUCGGUGGUUCGUCCAGCAUGAUAACGCAUUUGAAAAUGUCCGAUCAUCAGUCAUUGUUUCCAAUUGCCGAUAAUGGUUUUGUACAAAUCUCUCAAGAUCGUUGUUCGGACUUUGCUACAGACGAUGAGGCGGAGCCAGUGGUUCCGCAUGGAUCGCAUGCUGCCGACAUGGAUGCAGUCACACCAGCAACAACAGCAUCCACGUCAGCUGCGACGACGUCGAUCCUCAACAGCGCCCCCCUCACCACAACAAAACCAAAAAAGGAAAAGUCCCAUUUGGGUGUAAGAACGCUGCCGGCUAAAAUCACACAAAAAGUCAAGGGACACACAUACAAAAAAGUUGUCUCCGCAAGCGUACUCGGCUCAACCUCAUCACUCACUUCUAGCAGCAAACAGAAACACCAACGUCUACAGAGUCAAUCGCAAGACGAUGACGACGACGACGAUGACGACAUCAAUGAGGGCAAAUAUAAAAAUCGCUCAACAACAAACAUCUCAAGCAACAGUUCAACAAAACAUUCCAAAUCGACAACAAGUGCUGGUGUUGGCAGCAACACCAAAGGCACAAGUGCCUCAGCCAAUGCGGCAAUGACGAGUAGCUUCCAAUCGAAUACGAUACAAAAUUCAGCGAAAACUGGCUUUAGCAAUAUGAGUUUCGAAGAUUUUCCAUCCGAUCAAGAGAUCGAUCGACUCUCCAAAACCAUACCGUUCGAGGUGGUGCGCAAUGAGAAAAUGUUGCUGGAAGCCGAGAAGAAAUUCGGUUCGUUGAAGCGACGCAAUAAUCUAUUCUCCUAGAAGCGAAUUGCCGAAACGAAACGAACGUUGAAACGCGAAUUGAAACAAGUACUACAUAAAGUAUUGAAAAAUUCCAAGGAGUAAAUAAUGAAGUCAAUUAAUAGUGAAUGUUUAUAGUAUACCUAAAUAUCUAGGUGCAUAUACCUACAUAUGCCUAUGUAGAAUUAAGUGUAGAGAUACAUAUAUGGCGUGAAUCACAAGCAAAUGUGAAAUGCUGAAAAAUAAUGGAUGUGAAAAGUAAUAUUUAUAACGUUUUCUAAUGAUUUGUAGGCAAAAAUGCUGAAAUGAAAUGUAAUUAGGGCAUUCACACAUUGUCGUUUAAUAUUCGUUUGUGAAUAAACUUAGUAUUAAAUGGCAUGUAAUAGUAGCUCGUAUAUGAGUUUCGAAUAUAACGCCACAUGCAAAAUAAACACCGUUAUCACCCGAUAUGACAGGUAUAUUUUAUUCGUCGAAAAUAUAUAUUUUUUCGAAUUUGUUUUAUUUACUCUGAAAAAGUUUUGUAAGCCUAUAACGCGUUCUAUAACGUUUUUAUGACAUGUUGUGAAUGCCCUUAAUGUGAGAGAAAAACUAUAAUAUUGUUAUUAACUUAAUAUUAAAUUUAUAUAUUCAGCGAUUGCGCAUAUUUCAAAGCGUUUUUGCUACGAAGGGUUUAUGUAUAUUCGAACGAAGUUCAUGAAAUUUUAAAGAAUAAGUACAUGUAAAUACAUAACUGUUACACACAUACAUACAUACAAACUUAGAUCCACAAAUGUUAUACUAGCAAUCGUUUUAAUUUGUUGAAGCGAAUUUCAUACAUACAUACAUAGAUACCUAUUCAUAAAUAGGUGUUCUAAUAUACUUUUGUAUUUUUAAUUAUUAUUACCAUAAUAUGUAUUACAAUUCAUUUACCUAUAUAACUGCAGCAUUUUGACAUUGUUAUUAUAUUUUAAAUCAUUCUUUGAAGUUUUCAAAAGUCUUCAUAAUGAAUAUUUAUGUUUGAUUCGAAGAUAGCCAGUCGAAUAUAGCGGCUUUGUUAAAAGAAAUUUAUUUAAAAGAAAUAAAUUUAAAUUUCUUUAUUGUUUAUUAAUAUUCAUUAUUUUAAUUUAUAACUAACAUUUUUUAAACUGAUAUAUAAUUAUAAAAAAAAAAACAUUAAUAUUUAUUUUAAAAUCGACACAUAUUUAAAACAGAUGUAACUGUUAUCCUAAUAGUUUAAUAUAGGAAAAUUAGAUAAAUAUUACUUGAAUUAUUAAUUCGCGCAUUUUUGAUUUUUCAAUUUCAUAAAAAUUUGUUUUUUUUUAACGCAUAAAAAUAAAGUUAAAUAUUUGUUUCUCGAAAAAAACUUCAAUAUUUAACUUCAAAAUUUAUGUAAAGCCUGUGCGAAAUACUAAAGAGUAAAGUAAAAAAAAAAUAAAAUAAUUGCGAAUGUUUUUAAACAAAUUCGAAUUCGGCAGCUGUAGCAAUUGCACUUAAUAAUUCCUAAGCUAAUUACCAAAUUUGCAUAAAUAUUUUUAAAUAAUUUUAAAAUUUUUUUUUAAUCACUCACCUUUCUCAACUGCAUACAAAGUCAACACAUUGUAGUGAAAUCUAAAAACAAAGAAAAUAUAUAUUUUAAUUGAUUACUAUUUGUUAGUAGUAUUUAUAAUUGAAAAGUUUUGCUAUAUUAAGUGGAAUCAUUUCGCAAAAAAACCAAUUUCUUAUUUCAGUUGACAAAUAUCAGCACAUAAACUCGAAAACGUCUCGUUUCUCAACCAUUUUUUAGAGUAUUAUUAAACAAUUUAGCAACAAUAUAGAAUAUUGUGGCAAAUUACAUAAAAAAAAAUUAAAUUCAUAUAAUGAAUGCAUAUAUUGAAUAAUGAUUAUAUACACUAAUGAAAAGAUACAUUCACAUAUACAAAUAACUAUUGUAUUUAAGUGCGCUUUUAUAUAUAUUAUAUAUCUACACACAUACAUUUGUAUAUUGUAUGUAUAAUCUCGUUUCCGCUAUUUACGGUGGCUUAUAUGAAUAAAAAUGUGAAAUAUUUUUUAAUUUAUAUCGUUAUACUAAAAUGAUUUACGUUAAUAUAAAUUAGUUUGAAGAAAAAAAUCCGUUUCAACUAUAAAAAGAAAGAAAAAGCAACAAAAAAGCAUUUAAAAAUGUAUUUUUAGUUUUUACUUGUAUUGAUAGUGAAUAUAUUUGAUUCGCAUACUUUACCGUUAUAUAUUACCUACAUAUUGCUGUUUUUUUAACGUCUACUUUAACUUAGCCAGAAUUAUGCUUGCAAUGAUUUUAUACGCGUAUACUACAUAACUGUGUCUGUUUAUUAAAUGAAUUGCGAGGAAAAAUUUGAAAUAUAAAUGAAUUUAUUAUUUUGUGAUAAGUUAGACAUAUAAAUACUAUGUAUAUGUAUUAUGCUUGUAUAAAGCAAAAUGAAAUAUUGUAUUUAUUUAUAAAAAUGUGAAAAAAUAAGCAAAAUCAACCAACAAAGAGGUGAAAUUCAAGCUACAUUGUAGUCGGUUGGAAAAGUGCAUAUAUAUUUUUCAAUUUUGCAUUUCUUUUGCCCAUUUACUCGAUAUGUAUGUAUGUAUUAAAAAAAAAUAUAUUUAUGAAUAAAAUUGUAUAUCGUUGAAACACAAAUAUAUAUUUUUAAGCUUGCUAUUAUAACCACAAAAAAAAAAUACAUUUAUAC